UCCCUACUUAGAAACCCAUUCUUUAUUAUUAUAUAUAGUUUUUCUUCUAAUUACUUUUCUUUGGGGGCUUAGACCAUCUAUGUUUGAGCGUAACAAUUUUAAAUGUUUGUAACACUAUACUGAGAAAUCCGUCAAAGUCAAAUUUACAAUUCGUUCAAACUUGGCCAACUCUGAAAGUAAAUAUUUUCGUAGUUACAAUCUACUGAAAGUUAAUUAAAAAAAAUAAUUUAUGUUAUUAACCUUUCCAUAAUUUAAUCAUAAACAGAUACAAUAAAUUAACUCAAAUGUGAAAUAAUAUCAAAAUGUUUUGGAAGUUUGUAUUCAUCUCAUUCUCUAUAUUUAUCGCAAGCACUUUGGCACAAUUUUACGAGGAUCAACGUUGUCGUUGUGUUUGUCCCACAACAACUUCAGUGAUUAAUAAUACAGAGAAGUCAAAUAGGACACUUUACAUAGCAUAUGUACCUCCGAACAAAUGUAAUUGCUAUGGUGUGAUCCUGCCCAAAGUCUCUGAUGAAAUCAGAGAUAAUGCCCAGUUGUUUUGUCCCAGAUGUGACUGUAAAUAUGAGACUAGAAACACUACUGUGAUUAUGGUUGUUGUGAUACUGGUAUUAUGGCUAAUUAUGCUGUUGAUUGGAUAUUACCUUUUCCUUAUGCUGCUUGAAUGUUUAGUAAGCAAGAAACAGCAGAAUUGUACACAUACGAACAAUACAGAAGCAGGAACUGAUUGCUAUGAGACCGAGAAUCUGUUGACUAAUAAUUGUGAAGACACUGAUGAUUGAAGUUCAUAUUUAUGUGAUAUUCUUUAAAAACAAUAAUUUUAAAAUAAAUAAAAACCAUAUAUAUAUAUUUGAGAAGGUAUUUAUUGCUGUGAAAAUUUAGUUAAAAUACAUUGACAUUGAA